GAAGAGGGGCAGAUCCACCAAAGGAGAGGCUGUGAUUCCUGCAGACAGGCAGAGACAGAGGGUUGUUUUUCCAACAGACAGGCUGUGCUGCGCUGCAGAGAGAGAGACAAGCGCUGAGGAGAGAGAGACAAUCUCCAUGGUAGAUCCUUUUUUUCUCCCUGCUGAUCUGUAAAGGGAGGGGAGCGUGAAGGGGGGAGGAGGCGCAGAGCCUGAAGGAAAAAAAAGACCAGCAUCCUUCAUCCUUUCUGUCCAGAGCUGCUGAGGGGGCUGCUGUCUGCUCCGUUCUGGUUGCCUCUUGUCUUCCUUGCUGUUGUUUCUGGGACGACGGCACAAAAACAGAGAUUUUCCUCUCUCCACCCUUUUUCUGCCUUUCUUUGCGUUGCCUGGCUCUCCAGAGAGCGAGAGAGAGCUUCGUUGUUUUUUAACCCGUCUCUCAGCCUGCUAUUCGCUGAGUCAUCAUGGCAGAUCUGAUGCCCCAGAGUGACGCCCCAACCCCCACCACUGACAAGAUCACACAGGCGGCCCGGGAGACCAUUUACCUAUGUAACUUCCGUGUCUCUGUGGAUGGAGAGUGGCUCUGUCUCAGGGAGCUGAAUGACAUCUCCCUCACCCCAGACCCCGAGCCAGCCCAUGAAGACUCAUGGGAGGAUUUCACAGAUUUGGUGGAUCACAUGCAAAUGCUUGAUGAAUUUAAAGAUCCAAAGGACCCCAUUGCCAUUGAACGACUGAACCUGAUGAACAUGGCUAAGUUGAGCAUUAAGGGGCUGAUCGAGUCGGCCCUGAACCUGGGUAGGACACUGGACUCGGACUACGCGCCACUGCAGCAGUUCUUCGUGGUAAUGGAACACUGCCUAAAACACGGACUCAAAACCAAGAAGACGUUCCUGGGGCAGAACAAGUCCUUCUGGGGAGCCUUGGAGCUUGUGGAGAAACUCACUCCAGAGGCUGGGGAGAUCACAGCCAGUGUCAAAGACCUGCCAGGGCUUAAGACACCAUUAGGAAGAGGGCGGGCCUGGUUGCGAUUGGCCCUGAUGCAGAAGAAGCUGUCAGACUACAUGAAGACCAUCAUUAACAGAAAGGAUCUGCUCAGUGAGUUUUAUGAAGCCAACGCUCUCAUGAUGGAGGAGGAAGGAGCUGUGAUCGCCGGGCUGCUGGUUGGGUUGAACGUCAUCGAUGCCAACCUUUGUAUGAAGGGGGAGGACUUGGAUUCACAGGUGGGGGUGAUCGACUUCUCCAUGUAUCUCAAAGACGGGGGUCACAGUACUAAGACAGCCGAGGGGGAUGGACAGAUAACAGCCAUCCUGGACCAAAAGAAUUAUGUGGAAGAGCUCAACAGACACCUGAGUGCUUCAGUCAACAACCUGCAGGCCAAAGUAGACGCCAUGGAGAAGUCCAACAGCAAGCUCACAGAGGAGCUGGCAGUAGCAAACAACAGGAUCAUCACCCUUCAGGAGGACGUUGAGCGAGUCAAAGAGGAGAGCUCCUACCAGCUGCAGUCUGGUCGCCAGGUGUCAAGAGGAGGGGGGGAUGGCUCCGCGGAUGCUCUGGUACUGGGAGAGGCACGCAAACAGCUCAAGGAGGAAACCCAGCUACGAUUGGAUGUAGAGAAGGAGUUGGAGGUUCAGAUUGGUAUGAAGCAGGAGAUGGAGCUGAGUAUGAAGAUGAUGGAGAAAGACAUGUGUGAGAAGCAGGAUGCCCUGGUGGAGCUGAGGCAACAGCUGGAGGACCUCCGAGCCCUCAACCAGCAACUAGCACAUAAGUCACAGAGUUCAGAAGCAGACGCCAAGCAAAAGAGUGAGGUUAUCAGUCGCCUGGAGGAGAAGACCAACCAGAUGGCUGGGACCAUAAAACUGCUGGAGAGCAGCGAGAAAGACUGUGUGAAGCAGGCCAGAAGUUUGAGUUCCAAUGUUGAAAAAUUGCUUCAGAAGCAACAAUAGGGUUGUUGUUCCCUCCCCCACUCCCAAAAAAAGAAAAUUUAAAAUGAACACCCUUCAUAUUAGUUUCUUAAAUCCUGAUUACCAAUCCAGUCAAACACAUAAUAUAGAAAGGAGAAACCUUAGCUUCUUAUUUUCUGGAAUGAAAUAAUCUGCUGCGGUGUAUACAUUUUUUCAAGACUGUUAAUGAACCCUUUCUUUCCUAAACCUCAACUCUCCUGAAGGAGCCUUUAGGUUCAUUCUGAAAGGAAGAUAUGAGAUCCGCGCCUGUAUUGAAUGUUCCCUGAAGGUUUUGGGUUUCACAUGUCGGCCAUUUUAGCAAAAAAGAUUGGCUCCUCAAGCUGCUUCUACAGUUUUGUUGGGAGAUCUUGGAAAAACAUGGGACCUGACAAGAGUCCUACAGUUGUUGAUACGGUACAUCCCAUUGUUCUGUCAGACCAGCCCUGCUGACAACUCACUAAGCAGCCCAUUGAUCUGUUGACCAGGAACUAAGCAGCCCAUUGGUCCGUUGACCAAUCACUAAGCUGCCCUUUGGUCUGUUGCCCAAUCACUAAGCUGCCCUUUGGUCCGUUGACCAGUCACUAAGCAACCCGUUGGUCCAUUGACCAAUCACUAAGCAGCUCGUUGGUUUGUUGACCAGUCACUAAGCCGCCCAUUGGUCCGUUGACCAAUCUCUAAGCAGCCCAUUGGCUCGCUGAUCAGUCAAUAAGUACACCGAGGUAAAUCCAGGCUCCAUUGACAGCAUCAUAGUCAGACCGCAUCAUGAUUUCUGGAGUGUACAGGGCACAGCUUCUAGCUAGCUUACCUUCCCCUCCUGCUCCUCACUGACUUGGAUCCUGUAUCAUGCUGUUGGUCACUCAUUGCACUAGGACUCAAUUGCCUGGUUUCACAUCGGUUUGUGUUUUAUAGCCUGCUCCUGUUGUUUGCUUAGCAUAGGGUGACCAGACGUCCCGGUUUGCCUCCAUAGCAAAGCAACAAUUCUCAAACGCUCAAAGCACCCCCCCCGCUCCACCAACCACAAGCACGCAUGAUAACCAACAUGAGUGCAUAAGCGCAUACAUGUGCAUGCAUUAAUGUGCAGUUACACAAGGGUCCCGGUCUGGGGGUUUGAAAAUGUGGUCACCCUAACUUAGCAUGAAAAUGGAAAAAGGUGUUUAAAAGACAGCACAAACAGGUGUGGAACCAGGCUAGAACUACAGCUCAGAGCACAAACUAAACCCCCUCUGCCAUUGAAUUACAAUCGGAAUCCCCUUGUAAGGCUUUGCUGGUUGUUUGAAAGGUUAGUUCAGGUCAGCAGGAUUAUAAAAUCAUAGAAAUAUAAUCUAUAGAAUGGGUGUCUUGAUCAAGUCAGCGAUGGCGUAAGGGUUGGACUGGCACCAUUGGGGGCAUACCCAUGAGUUUACCAGUCAAAUGGCCAUGGUUAGAGUUUCCAAGCCCUGUCUGUACAGUCUAUUUCUAUGUAUGAAGCAGUUCCAGAACAAAGCAAGGUUAAGUGAAAGAUAUGUAUGUGGACGUUUUAAGUUAGUUGUAAACUGUAGUCAAUACUAGCAUAAUAAAAACAAUUUUAAAUGUA